AUGAUCGAAUUCAAGGGCCGCAGUGAGUCAAUAUUCAUCGUUACUGUGGUUUUCUUGGGGAUAUCCUUCAUUGCUGUAUGCCUACGAUGUUUCGUUCGGCUGCGGCUGGUGCGCGCAUUUGGGUGGGAUGAUGCGCUGAUGGUUUUCGCUAUGGGAUUAAAUAUUCUGUUUGCGUUGUGUGGUAUUACUGGCUCAUUGUACGGCAUGGGACAGAAACUCGAGCAACUGGAAGACGGCUAUCUUGAAACCGCCCUUUUUUGGUGGUGGCUAGGUCAAACGAGCUACGUCGUGACAGUGGUUGUCGCCAGGAUUUCCAUUGCGCUGGCCCUCCUCCGUCUUACUGUUUCCAGAGUACACACAAUCCUCUUAUGGUGUGUGGUAGGCGUGUCGAUCAUCGUGGGCCUCGUAUUCUGGUUUAUGUUAACCUUCGAGUGCAAACCGGUGUCACACUUCUGGCAACGCACCAAACCCGGACACUGCAUGUCUAUUGAUAAACUCCUCGACAUUGCCUACGUAUACAGUGUCACUGCGAUGAUCUGCGAUUUCACACUUGGAUUGCUACCUAUUUUCCUGGUGUGGAAAUUACAAAUGAGUCGCCAAACCAAAGCCGCGUUGGCGGGUAUCCUGAGCUUGGGUUGCAUUGCCAGCGCAGGUGUCAUCGUCCGUAUCCCUUUCCUUCCCACCUACAAAGACGCCGAGUUCCUCUACGCAACGACUCAAAUAUCUAUAUGGUCCAAUGUCGAAGCGGGCCUCGGGAUUACAGCAGGUUGCCUCGUCACCCUUCGCCCUCUCUUCCGCUGGUUGGGCGGAACCAGCUACUCUCCUACACGCAGCAAGAAAACCUCCGGAAGUAUGCCGCUCUCAAGUAUGAACGGUCAACAUGCCUCGCGAAGCGAACAUACCACAAACUCGACCAAAUUCUGGCGUCCGGAUCUGAACCCUGACGACACUAGGGCUAUUGUUACGACCGUGCAAACAGCUCAGGGAAGCCCGCACAGCAGUCAGGAAAAUCUCAAUCCGAAGCCAGGCGCUUGGGACGGGGUUAAUGUGCAUAAGUCAUUUGUUGUCACGACGGAUGAGGCCUAG